AUGGAAAAGACGCUGCUGUGGUUGAUCUUUUUCACGCUUGGGUGGCCCCUCACUGAUGGAUCAGAGCAGGAGCAGGAUUUUAUGUGGCAUCUGAGAAAAGUACCCCGGGUUGUCAGUGACAGGACUUUCCAUCUCACGAGCCCCACGUUUGAGGCCGAUGCCAAGAUGGUGUUAAAGAAAGUGUGUGGCAUCGAGUGCCAGAAAGAACUCCCUGCUCCCAGCCUCUCUGACCUGGAAGAUUCGCUCUCCUACGAGACUGUCUUUGAGAAUGGCACCCGGACCUUGACCAGAGUGAAAGUGCAAGGUCUGGUCCUGGAGCCCAUGCCGAACACCACCGCCAGAGGGGCCUCGGCGAGGAGAAAGAGGCAGGUGUAUGGCACAGACAGCAGGUUCAGCAUCCUGGACAAAAGAUUCCUCACCAACUUCCCUUUCAACACAGCCGUGAAGCUGUCCACGGGCUGCAGUGGCGUCCUCGUGUCCCCCAAGCACGUUCUGACCGCCGCCCACUGUGUGCACGACGGGAAGGACUAUGUGAAAGGGAGUAGAAAGCUGAGGGUAGGGCUGCUGAAGAUGAGAAAUAAAGGAGGUGGCAAGAAACGUAGGGGUUCCAGGAGGAGCAGGAGAGAAGCCAAUGGUGAUGACCAACGAGAGGGCAGCAAAGAGAAUCUGAAGGAGAGAGCCAAGGCUGCAAGGAGGAGAAAGAACUCUGCUGGGGGUCAGAGGGGCGCUGAGGGCGGGCCCUCCUUCCAGUGGACCCGCGUCAAGAACACCCACAUCCCCAAAGGCUGGGCCACGGGAGGGAGAGGGGCCGCCGCCUUGGACUACGACUACGCUCUUCUGGAGCUGAAACGUGCUCACAAAAAGAAAUACAUGGACCUAGGAAUCAGCCCGGCCCUCAGGAAGCUGCCCGGGGGCAUGAUCCACUUCUCCGGCUUUGAUCAGGACAGAGCUGAUCAGCUGGUCUACCGGUUUUGCAGCGUGUCCGAGGAGUCGAGUGAUCUCCUCUAUCAAUACUGCGAUGCCCAGCCGGGCUCCACCGGCUCCGGGGUCUACCUGCGUCUGAAAGAGCCAGACAAGCAUUGGAAGCGCAAGAUCAUCGCGGUCUAUUCCGGCCACCAGUGGGUGGACGUGCAGGGCGAGCAGAAGGACUACAACGUGGCGGUGCGCAUCACGCCCCUCAAGUACGCCCAGCUGUGCCUCUGGAUCCGCGGGGAGGACGCCGACUGUACUUACGGGUAACGGGACCCCGAAACCAGGCCACGGACGAUCUAAGUCGCAGGGGAAACCAGUUCCGAUGAUUGUAGCAAGACCACCUCACGGAGUGUGCCUGGACACGAACUCUAUUAAUAGCAUUUCAAUAUUUUUAUAAAUUUACUUUUGUCAAAAGGAGGAGAUUUUCCUGCAUGUAAAACCGUUUAGGUAAAGUUAUUGAUGGGCAUUUCCAUGCCAAGUAUAUAUUCUUCUUCACAUGGUGGUAAGUUUGGUUUGUGCAAAGUAAUUUUUUUUCCUGCUAGCCUUCUUAAAAAUUAGACACUCUUUAAAACUUCAAGCUGAUCCUAUAAACAAUGUGAUUUCUCAAUGGAGUUAUUCUCAGGGUCCUACCCCAAGAAGAAUCUACUGUGGUGCUGGGCGCCAAUUAAAGGUGAAACGGCAGAUACAGAGGCGGACAGGUCACAUUUCAAAUCGAAUUAGAGACAAACAUUCACGACAGUUAGGACUACUCUGAGAUGGACCCAUUCAGUGCAUGCCCUCCGUGUUUAUAUUGCUUUCUCUUGGGUCUGAGAAACUUCAGUUUUUUGUUUGUUUUGUUUUUUAAAGAAUUACAAGGAAUAGCUUUAUCAACAGAACUGUCACCUAUCGUACUGCUUUGAAAGAUAUCGACUGAAGUGUGUAUAGUUUAAAAUGAAAGAAAUACUUCAUCCUAGGAAAUAAAUCUAGUUUAAAAAUAGGGAAGCUGAGACCUUUUAAGAUCUCAAGCUUUUAUUUAACUAGUGUUCUAACCAUGGGCUUUUCAUGCAUGCAUAGGGGAGACAGCUCCACAGUUGUAUAUGGCCUUGCAUUUGAAAGGCACAUCACUUUAUGCUACACAGUCUCCCGUGUGUUCUUAGGACAAGCAAUUCUCGUCUUUCUCAAGCGAGAGUCUUUUUUCCCUUGACAAAAUUCAGCUUUCUUCAUAGGGCCUUAGGCGUAUUAUUUUUGGCGAAUUCUCUGAGUAGCAAUUUUAAAUAGCUUCCUUAAAAUGAAUACGAUCUAAGAAUACUUUUACAAAGAAGGUUCGGAUUAUUUUCAUUAGAGACCAAGGCUGUUCACUCACUCUGGCCAUCAUGGCAGCCUCAGCAGACAGAGUCCACCGGUUGCCCUGGGGCACUUGAUACCUAUUUCCUGAAUGGUUAUAAAAGGGCAUUAGUUCAGGCUCUUAUUUAUUACUUUUUUUUUUUAUUAAUCCUCAACCAAUGAUAUAUUUUUCAUUGAUUCUAGAGAGAG